AUGGGGGUGACAGCGGGUGCCCACCGUCUAUGGGCCCACCGGUCAUACAAAGCGACUCUGCCGUUGCGGAUCCUCCUGUGCUUCUUGAACACAAUGGCCGUCCAAAACGAUUUGUACGACUGGUGUCGCGACCAUAGGGUUCACCAUAAGUUCUCGGAGACGGACGCCGACCCCCACAACGCCAGCAGAGGCUUCUUCUUCUCACACAUGGGUUGGCUUUUGUGCAAAAAACAUCCCGAAGUGAUCACUAAAGGCCAGACAGUGGACCUCAACGACCUGUUGGCCGAUCCGGUCGUACGCUUUCAACGCAAACACUACCGAACACUUGUGGUCGUUGUGGCCCUUAUUAUACCGGCACUCAUACCGUAUAUGUGUUGGUCGGAGACGUUAUUCAAUUCAUUUUUCAUUUGUGUUUUAUUCAGAUAUUGUUAUAUACUUAACAGCACAUGGCUGGUCAACAGUGCGGCUCAUAUGUGGGGUCAAAAACCAUACGAUCUCACGAUUAAUCCCAGGGAAAAUAGUUUUGUGGCAUUUCAGUCGUAUGGCGAGGGCUAUCAUAACUAUCACCAUACCUUUCCCUGGGAUUACUCGGCGUCUGAAUUGGACUGGAAAUACAACUGGAAUUUCUCGACUCUUUUCAUAGACUUU